AUGGAUACAAGGAGGAACCGUCGGACCCACGGGAUUGACCACGGGGACAACCUCGACGACGCGGGCCAGCGGGCAUCAGGGGGUGAGGAAGAGGAGCUGCCCACGGGGCAGGAUCCACCGACGGCGCCGGACGAGCGACGGGGGACUGACACCGUGCUUCGCGAGGCACACUCCCGUCUGGCGGAGCUGCUGCUCGCCGCCGCGUCCAUCUUGGCGGAGAUCAGCUCGUCGGGAGGAGCGGGGACGGCGGCCGACGUGCUACAGGAGAUGUCCGCCUGGUCCGACGCUACGGCACUGCGGGCACUGCCUGCCAUGCUGGACGACAACGCGCUCGCGGCCUUCACGUCCGCACGCAGGUCGGACCGCUCCACGCUCAAGGAUGCGCUGGCUCUCAUGGCCAAAGUCUACGGUCCUCCCUCGGCGUGCCGCCAUCAUUUCUACGCAAGACGGAAGGCGGACACGGAGACCGUGCUCGCCUACCGCACGGCGUUGCUCGCUCUCGCUGACGCCGCGUUCCCUCGUAUGGACGAGGAGGGCCAAGAUGCGAUGGUUUUGGAGCAGCUGCUCAAGUUGGCGCAGGACCUGGGGGUCCCCAUCAACACGGCCGACGAGACCGAUAUUUCUUCAUUACGGGUCGCCACGAGCAUGCAAGCGCACGAGGUCCUUCAACGAAAGCAGGGGGUCGUCUGCAACGCUGCCGUGGCCUCAACUCCGGGUCCGGUUGACACCGUGCCCCAAGUCGUCAGCCCACGAGAGGACGCGUUCAUCGCGGGACGAGCGGGGGACUGGAGGUCGGGGGGUCGUUCGCCUCUGCGAGCGGCCCGCAAGCUGGAGCAACCGAGAUCUCCGACUACUGUCAUCACCUGCUAUAACUGCGGCCUUCGUGGCCACGUGGCCUCCGGUUGCCGCGCCCCACGUCAGCGCGCCAUGGGACCUCGGCUGGACGACGACCAAGGCCCCAAGUCAUCACUGCAAACCCCGGGAGAGCCGAGUAGAGUUCGGGAUUCGGUUCGGAGAGGGGGGUUCGGCCGGGACCGGGGAGACAUUAAAUGGUCGGAAUUGGGGCACAGAAUAGUGGCUGCCUCAGCGGGUUCAUCCGUCGUUACCGGAUCGAUUGAUGGGGUCGAGGUCAGGGUGUUAGUGGACACGGGGGCAUCGGCGACUAUUAUUUCGGAUCUCAUUUAUAAUAUUCUCCCGGUACAAUGUCGUCCGCUUCUUCCGGUGGAUGUGCCAUUUUACGCCGCUAACGGGGGAUCGUUGGGCAUUAUCGGUCAGAUUAGGGCGUCCAUUUGCAUUGGUGAUAUCAAAUUGUCGGGACCCGUUUUCGUUUCAUCUUCCCUGGCGGUUCCUUGCCUAUUGGGCACUGAUUUUUUGGCGAAAAUGCCCAUCAAAAUUCUCAUUGAUCAGCGUUGCAUUGAACUACCAUCGGGUCGCCGUAUUUCAUUUUUGACGAGCCCUAAUGUAAUUCGGACGGCGUGCGCUACCAUUCAGGCGUUAGCAACACAGACCGUGCACGUGCCCCCGGGUUCACAAAUGUUGAUUCCCCUCCGGUUACGGAAGCCAUGGGGGAAGGAGGCCUCGGAACAGGCCAUGCUUUUGGGUCCUUCUAAUAGGGCUGUUGGAGGUCUCGAUUUAUCGGUGGCUCACACUUUGGUUGGGGCAGACAGGGAUCCGUUUGUCAUGGUUUUAAACGCUGGGGCGCGGCCGGCCGUCAUUCAGCAGGGCACCGUGCUGGCUCACGCGGCACGGGUCCCUGCGGAGGAGAGGCUGGUUGCGCAGGCUGAUCCGAGCCCCACGAAUAGCGUACCAUCAAAGGAGGACCUAGAUUGGAUUGAUAUGCUGUGCGCGGACUCUGACGAUUUGUCAGCGGUACAGUUGGGUGCGUUGCGCGGGUUGCUGAUUGAAUUUUCGGAUGUCUUCAGUAAACAUAAGUAUGAUAUCGGAUGCACGGACCUGCUACGCCACCACAUUGAAACGGGCGAUGCGGCACCGGUCAGGCAAAAUCCCUUCCGACUGAGUCCUGCUGAGAAGGAACAUGUUCAGUCGGCAGUUAACGAUAUGCUGGAAGCCGACAUUAUUUCGCCUUCUUCCAGUCCUUGGGGAGCACCUAUUGUGCUCGUUAAAAAGCAGGACGGGUCCCUGCGAUUUUGCGUCGAUUUCCGCCGCCUGAAUAAGAUCUCGGUGGCCGACGCGUAUCCGCUCCCCAGGAUGGACGAGUCUCUCGACGCAUUGUCCGGUGCGCGAUACUUUUCGACUCUUGAUUUAUUGUCCGGAUUUUGGCAGUUGCCACUCGACGAGGAGUCUAAGCCUAAGACUGCAUUCCGGACUCCAGGGGGCCUGUUUCAGUUUAACCGGUUACCCAUGGGACUUCACUCCUCUCCUGCGACGUUUCAGCGUCUUAUGGAAUUGGUUUUGUCGGGCUUGCAGUGGGAACGUGCCUCAUUUACCUUGACGAUGUCAUUGUUUUCGGUAAAACGUUCGAAGAACACCUCCAGCGAUUGA